AUGGAAGAAGCAAGGGUUUUAGAGGAGAGAGAAGCGAGGAGUAGGGCUUCUUCUGCUGAGUUGUUCUUCUGGACACAACAGUGUCUGCACCUUACAAUGGUUUCGCUGUCGACAUGGUUUCGCUACGUUACCCACAAGAUCGAAUACUCCUUCUCCAUCGGCAAGAAGGCGUGGGCGAACUUUAUGCACGAUGAUAGAAUCUCUCAUGUUGAACUUAUGAGUACAUUUGUUGAAAGAUACUUUCAGUGA